AUGUAUUUCUCACUCAGCUCUUUGCUUAAUCUCAUCAUUGGGCUUUUGGCGCUAACUGGACUCUUUUUCAAUGGAUUUGUUGUGACAAGAAAUUGCAUUUGGUGGCUCCAAACUAAAAAACUACAAACCAUCGAUAUUAUUAUAACAAGCUUAGGACUCUCCAGAUUUUGUUUAAUUGUGAUAAAUAUCUAUAAUAUAUGGUCUCAUGUUUUCUGGACAAUUGCUAAUACUUCUCUAGUCAUUUCUGCUUCAUUUACAGUGUUUAUAUCUUACUGUAGUAUCUGGUUUUCCACAUUGCUCUGUGUUUUCUAUUGUGUGAAGAUCACCAACUAUAACUACAGGUUAUUCAUCUACGUGAAACAAAACAUAUCCAGGAUAUUGCCCUGGUUGUAUUUGGUGUCCGUGACAGCUUCACUUAUCUGCAGCCUGCCCGAUUCAAUGCUUUUCUCCUCAUUAUAUACUGUAAAUUCUACAAUUGCCUUCAGUAACUCAAGUGUGGACAAUGUUAACAUGGAUAUAAACCCCUUUGGUUGGUUUAAAAUGGCCUUGGUAGGAUCUUUCAUACCAUUACUCAUGUUUUGUUUCGCUAUUUCUCUUCUGAUUGCAUCUCUAUGGAACCACACCAGACACAUGAACAGAACGGACUCUGGAUUCCGGAAUCCUCAGCUUGACGCUCAUUUUAGUGCAAUUAAGAAUAUGCUGUUAUUUUUGGUUUUGUAUAUUAUAUAUUUUAUUCCUGCAUAUAUGUGGCAUUUUGUCAAUCCCGCACAAAAUAUGAUUUGGAUAUCAUUUUUUCGGAUUGUUUUUAUGGUUUAUCCAAGCCUGCACACUGUCAUUUUGAUUUUUAGUAACAUAAAACUCAAGCAAGCUCUUAUGAGUAUAAUGCAUUGCCUGUGA